UUUGAAUUUACCGGGAAGUCGAUGCUAACGCACCGUAGAUGGAGCUCAUGGGAAACAUAUGGUGAAUCAAAACAAUCAACAAAGAUUCUGAUGAUGGUCACUUUUUCAAUUUUGGUCUUCGGAUUCGUCUCGGUUUUUGCAGCCGAUGAGGUUGAUAACAAUUCAGGUGGGUCUGGCCAGGUCGAAAUGUCAUCAACAACACCAGUUAAUAAUCGAGUCCCGAAUAAGGAUAUGGCCAAUAAGCAAGUUGAUGGACAUGACUCUGAGGAUAGUUUUGAUUUACCAACUACACCGGGGAUAGUUCCAGAUCCAAAUGAUGAUGGUCAGUUAUCAGUCGAUAUGAAUGUUGCUGACGAAGGGAAUGCUGAUAGUAACGAAAAUGGUGAUGGUAACAAUGUUGGUAAUGAUGAUGGUAAUAAUGGUGGUAAUGGUGAUGGUAAUAAUGGCGGUAAUGGUGAUGGUAAUGGUGGUAAUGGUGAUGGUAAUAAUGGUGGUGAUGGUGAUGGUAAUGGUGGUAAUGGUGAUCGGACGAGCGAUGGUUUUGAAAGUUGCGUAAGCUCGGCUUCCAGUAGUAGUAGUAGUACCAGAAGAAAACGUAAGAAGUCACGAAAAGAGAGAAGGCAAGUUCCAAAAGCAUCGAUUCGUUAUAAUAGUGUUUUAGAUGCAACUGCCGAGAUAAAGGUACACAAUUAUUCCGUUCGUCCAGAUGGUAAAGUUCUCGUUGGAGGCGAUUAUGGUAAAUUUAUAGCUGAGGUCGAAAGAAUAACGAAUUUUGAUAGAGAAAAGACAGUCGAAAUUUCGCCGGAGGAGCAAGUUACUUGGGCAAAAGAUUCAAGUAACGAGAAAGGUAAAACCAUAACUGAGCAGGAAAAGGAGGCCAAGGAGCGACUUGAGAAGUAUCCAGUUUUAUUUGGGUGUAUAUAUUGUAAAACCAAUUUCACAAAGUUAUGGAUGUUAAAGGAUCAUGUGUAUGGUAAAGAUUAUGGUGAUGCGCGAAAAUAUGCGUGCAUAGUUCGAUGUACUGAAGAGGAAUUGAAUCGUACUAGCAUCCCGAAAACUUCGGUUCCAAAAAGGUUUCCUUGGGGAGAUCUUAUUUGCGUUAAUCCUAAGCUCUGGACUAAGACAUCUACAGGUCGGACGUCAUUUAAGGUUCCACCAAAUAUAAGGAAAACGUGGGUUGAGGGAAUGGUAGAUGAACGGGAUAAAUCAUUGGUUGGUAAGAGAGGAAGACCAAGGAAAUCAACAUCAACUACUCCUAGUGAGUAACUUAUCAAUAACAGAUACAAAAAAUGGAAGGAAAAAAAAAUCUCAAGUGGCCUUAAUUCUUAUUUUAAUCAUAUAUUUUACUUAACUUUAAAUAUUAAUGUUUUUCUCUUUUUUUUG